AGUGUUACGGUCGAUGACGGAAGACAGAACUGUAGUGGAUUUUAUAGUAACUAUGUCCCUUCAUUUAAUGAGUUACGAAAAAGCUGUCCGGAUCUCAAAAUAGCGACCGCUUUGUCGCCGUCAUCCGACAACGAGGUUCAACGAAGGCGAAACCGAUGGGCUAGGGAGAAGAUGAAGGAGGAGUGCUGGAGAAGGAAAUCGGUUGAGGAUUGGAAUCUUGACGAUGUGCUGCUUUGGCUUCAAGCAUGCAAUCUGGACGACGUGGCUUCGUUACUCAUUGGCUACGAUCUCAGAGGGACAGACCUCCUGUCGUGGGAUCAUCAUUGUCUCUCUCAACUCGGUGUGAUGAGUGCGUCGAUUCGUGAGAAAAUUCUCGACGAGUUAUCGACAAUUCGAGAACGAGGUCCAGAGGACGUGAAAGAGAUUGAGAAGAAGACUGGGCACCGAGCAUUGUUCGACAUAGUCAGGCAGAGCUCCUAUGAUCAGGUGUUGGCCGUGGAAACACCGUUGACCACUCGUGACAUUAUCGUUACUCGUGGGCGACUCGGUUGUCUUCAGAUCACAAGAGUGAACGGAGUGAAUCUUCCGCUAAUAGAAAAUGACUGUCUUCUUGAGAUCAAUAACUGCCCUGGUGAACAAUUCAAAUCGGCGCUGAUGUUGACGAAGUUGAUCAGUGAUGCGAAUGGUGCUCCGAUUCGUUUCGUUGUACUUCGUAUGAAGACUGUCGAUCGGUUAGAGGCAUCAAGCAGUGGAGUGUCGUCGUCGCCGAGAAGUCCAAGCGAUUGA